GUGAAAAUUAACGCACGUACAAUAGAAACAUACAAACACGUGAAAUUCAUUGGUGAUUAUUAGUAGAGCUUCAACUUCAAUUAAUGUACAUUCAUUCAUAAACGGACAAACACUCCAAACACUGUUGCUCUUCUCUAUCUCUCUCCAACUAUUGAUCCGUUCACGUCACUCUGUUUUUCUCUAAGCUUAACCACGUCUUCCUUCCUUCAAAACUUCAUACAAUAUAUCUUCCCUUUUCAAUCAAAUAAUCUCCCAUCAAAAUAAAAGCUACAAUGACAUCUCCUUCUGACUCAUGGAUGCGAGGAAUCAAUGAAGCAUCAAAAUUAGCUGAGGAUAUCAAAGAUAUGAUUGCUGGAAGUAGUUCACUGCCUCCAUCUGGACCAGAAACACAGCGGCAUUUGUCAACAGCUCGGAGAAAGAUCACAAUAUUAAGGACCAAACUUGAGACUCUCGAGUUACUUCUGUCAACGCUUUCUAAUACGCAGCCAAUAACAGGAAAAGAGAUGAAUAGGCGUCAAGACAUGCUAAAAAAUUUGAGUUCCAAAGUCAACCAGAUGGCUGCUACUCUUAACAUGUCCGGCUUCAAUAAUAGAGAUAGCUUGCUUGGGCCUAAUAUAAAGCAAGAUGACAUCAUGAACAGAACAAAUGGCUUGGACAACCAUGGUCUUGUAGGCUUUCAGCGGCAAAUUAUAAAAGAACAAGAUGAAGGUCUUGAAAAAUUGGAGGAGACAGUAACAAGUACAAAACACAUUGCAUUGGCAGUCAAUGAGGAACUUAACCUCCAUACUAGGCUUCUGGAUAACUUGGAUCAGCAUGUGGACUCAACAGAUUCCCACCUACAGCGGGUGCAAAAGAAACUGGCUGUGCUGAAUAGACGUACCAAAGGCGGUUGCUCUUACUUGAUUCUGCUGGUCAUUGCUGCUGUGAUUCUAAUUAUUGUUGUUUGGGCACUGAUCAAGUAUUUGUAAAAUUAAAUGAUCAUAAGCUCGACUAUUGUGUAAUUGUUCCUCAAAAUUAGGACAAGUGUAAAAAGUGUUGAGGAUACAGCAAGAAUUGCUUAAGGUUUGUGAAUAAACUAUAGAUGAAAUAGAAAUUUAGAUCAUCAAUGGCUUGUGGAUCGAAAGUAUUAUUCAUUGGCCAAACUAAACUCAAUGUCAUAUUUAUUAUCAUUUUGCUUGCUGUGGCCCAUAUUGUAUUA